CUGCGCGGGAGGCGGUACCAACCCCUGCCGCAGGACUUUCCUGGGCCGGCUCGCGGAGAGCGUAGCGCGGCCUUGGUGGCGGAAUGGCGUUGAGUGACGGUCCGGCCCCGCCAUCUGGUUAAAGGGACUCGUUCAACACGGAAGUGUCCCGGGGCUGCAUUGUGCUGCAGCUAGAAUGAAGCACAUCAACCUAUCAUUUGCAGCGUGUGGAUUUCUGGGCAUUUACCACUUGGGGGCAGCAUCUGCACUUUGCAGACAUGGGAAGAAACUUCUGCAGGAUGUCAAAGCCUUUGCUGGGGCGUCUGCGGGAUCCUUGGUUGCUUCUGUUCUGCUAACAGCACCAGAAAAAAUAGAGGAAUGUAACCAAUUUACCUACAAGUUUGCCGAAGAAAUCAGAAGGCAGUCUUUCGGGGCAGUAACGCCCGGUUAUGACUUCAUGGCCCGACUAAGAAGUGGAAUGGAGUCGAUUCUUCCUCCCAGCGCUCACGAGCUGGCCCAGAACCGACUGCACGUAUCCAUCACCAACACCAAAACUAGAGAAAAUCACUUAGUCUCCACUUUUUCCUCCAGGGAGGACCUCAUUAAGGUCCUCCUAGCCAGCAGUUUUGUGCCCGUUUAUGCAGGACUGAAGCCAGUGGAAUACAAAGGGCAGAAGUGGGUGGACGGAGGCCUCACCAACGCUCUUCCCAUCCUGCCCGUCGGCCGGACAGUGACCAUCUCCCCCUUCAGUGGACGACUGGACAUCUCCCCACAGGACAAAGGGCAGCUGGAUCUGUAUGUUAAUAUCGCCAAGCAGGAUAUCAUGUUGUCCCUGGCAAACCUGGUGAGACUCAACCAAGCCCUUUUUCCCCCAAGCAAGAGGAAAAUGGAAUCUUUGUAUCAGUGUGGUUUUGAUGACACUGUUAAGUUUUUACUUAAAGAAAAUUGGUUUGAAUAAAAUGCAUAAAAGUUUAUAAUGCAAAA